UCCAGGGCAGGGCUGGGUGUCCCGGGGGGUGAGGCAGAGGCUGCCCGCAGGCAGGCAGCAGCUCAGCCCCAUGUCCAGAGGAGGGGAGAUGGUUUAUAUCCCCGAUGACUCCGACUUCAGCUCCUUCAGGGAUCAGUGCGAGAGCCUGGAGGGCUGGCACUGCCGCUACAACAAGGCUGGCGUGACCGUGUGGAGCCAGGGCCAGGAGGAGAGCUGCACCGUGCAGAAAAUCAAGACCCGCAUCUCCUGCAAGGACGUCCCUGCAGAGACGCUCUAUGACGUGCUGCACGACACCCGCUACCGCAGCAAGUGGGACUCCAACAUGAUCGAGACCUACGACAUCGGCCGCCUCACUGUCAACGCUGAUGUGGGAUACUACUCCUGGAAGUGCCCCAGCCCCCUGAAGAACCGGGAUUUCGUCACGCUGCGCUCCUGGCUGCCCCUGGGCAAUGACUACAUGAUCAUCAACUACAGCGUCAAGCACCCGAAAUACCCACCCCGCAAGGAUUUCGUGAGGGCCGUGUCACUGCAGACCGGGUACCUGAUCAAGGCCAACGGGGACGGCGCCUGCAUACUCUAUUACCUCACCCAGGUGGACCCUCGAGGGUCGCUGCCGAAGUGGGUGGUGAACCGCGUGUCCCAGUUUGUGGCACCCAAGGCCAUGAAGAAGAUCUACAAGGCUGGGCUGAAGUACCCGGAGUGGAAGCGGCGGCACGACCCCGGGUACAAGCCCUGGGUGUACCCCGAGCAGAACACGCUGCCCAGCGUCAGCCUGGCCGAGCUGUCCGUGCAGCACGCCGAGUCCCUGGAGAACAUCGACGAGACCGGCCUGCCCGAGGAGCACCUGAGCACCAGCGACCACGAGGCCUGAGCCCUGAGCACAGGGAGCCCCCUCGGCACCCAGGCUUGGCACCCAGGGGGCACAGCUGGGAAUUCGGGCUGUCCCUGCUUCCCUGUAGUCACAUCUGCUCUCCAAGUCUUUCAUCAUUGACCCCUCUCCCUACCCAGGUAGUGGGAAAUGUCCCGUGGGAUCUGUGCAGCCACAGGGGCUGGGAAGAAGCAGGGUGGGCACCCUGGUGGCCCCUGUGCCCAUGGAGAUGUCCCUGCAGGAGACAGAGGGGGCAGUGGGUGUUCAAGAGCUUUCCUGGCACCUCGAUAUGUCUCUGCCUCUCUAUGACCCUCAAAGGCCCGGAAGAGGGGGGUCUGUCAGGGUCCUGCCCAGGCUUUGCAGCAGCACAAGGUUUGCAUUGACCCUGUCUGGCCUGCCCGAGGUCAGGCUGGACCCAGUGCAGCCCUCCAUGCCCCUCCAAGCUUAGUGUGACCCCCUCCCCAUGUCAGCGAGCCCUCCCAGGCCCUCUGCUGAGCACCAGGCUCACCUCUGCAGGCUGGCUGCAGCCCAGCUGGCUCUGGGGACCCCUUUCCCUGCUGUUUUUGGGGUCCUGGGCCUCCUGUGUCCCCACUCCCCCAGUGUUUGCCGCUGCUGUGGUUCCUGGCACAAUAAAGGGGUUGGUGUGUGUGAGAGCUCACGGGGUGGCACAGCAUGGGGAGGGGGCUGGCACAGAGCCCACCCAGAGCUCUGAGUGGGACAGGAGGGCACAUCCACACAGCCCCAGCACCUGGGGUGACCCUCAGCAGGGACAGACUGGCCCCAGCAGGACAGGACAGAGGGAUGCAGGGCUCUGCACCCCACAGGAGUGUGCGUGGGCAGGAGGCAGCUUCCACAGGACAACGGGAAGUUGGUCUAGACAGGCGCUGCUGUGGGAAUUCGCUGACAAAUAAGGGAUUUUCCACCCACUCCUCGCCCCCACACCCGAGGCAGCUGCUGGGCUCUGUCCCCAGCUGGGUUUGAGGCUGAGCUGUGCAAGGUCAGUGCAAAUGGGGAUGUCACUGUAGCUUUGGGGGUCCCCUCUGACCCAGCUUUAUCCCCCUGGGCCCACUCCAGAGCUGCCCUGUGUGUGCUUCCCCCACACCUGGAGCUUCUCACCACCCCAGUAUCUCAGUCAC